GUUUACAUCUGUGACUAUAAGAACAAACAGAUAAUAAAACUCGUGUGAAUUUCUUAAGAUGGGAAAAUUUCUCAUCUUAUCCCUCUAGGAAUUGUUCAGUAGCGACUUCAAUUUCUUGGGAAUCCCAGAUAAUGACACAUCCGUAUUUUAAAUUUCGCAGUUGUCCUAGUUGCAUCCGUGCUUACAUCGUGCACGUGUUUUUCAACGAAAUUCGUCUAGUUUUGGAAUCACAAAAAAUAAAUUUCUUUUAUAUUCUUUUUUAAAUAAAAAAAAAUCGAGCUUUAAUAAAUUUUAACGACCCUAUAUAUACAUACGAAAAUGGGUGGAAACCGGCAGUCCUCGAUGUGCUUCAGUCUUUGAGUUUGCGUUGGAUCAAUACUUUUGACCCUUUCAAUACUCGUUUAGACUCGAGGUAUCACUAUUUGUGGUAGCCUCACCGACCCGGUGUUCAUUAUCGGCUAAUAAUUCGCUCUUUGAAAACUACAUAUAAAUACGAGUAGUGCAACAGAUUAAAAAUUUCGCUGGGACGCGUACAAACGUUCAAAAGAAACUUGAAUACUUUACGGCGAAGUAAUCGUUUUGCGUUGUAAUAAUGAAUUUUUUUCUUUCUUUAUUUAUUUAUUUUUUUCAUUUUUGCUUGUAAUAAUCCAACUAUGAUAUCAUGUAAUAUCAGAUCGUUUGUGGGUGUCCAGAGUUGAAGUACAAAAUUUUGAAAGUUCUUCUCAUCAGCCACCUGCAUAGCUGUAACAAAAGUUCCGCCUGAAUUAUAUAAAUUGAUACUAACUUCUGAAGUCUUACAAACAUCAACUGUGAGCAGUCAUGACGUCAAAGAUUCUUGUCAAAUUACCCACAGUACCAUUCGUUCAAGCAAAGAAACCACAUACCGAACUUGUGGCAGUGGCAAACAGAAACGAUAUGAUAAUCCCUCCCAAGCAGUCAAAUAAUAGUGGUGAUAGAGCAAUCCAGCUGGAGCAAAACAUGAAAUUUCUUCAGGAACAGCAUCAAGCCAUUCUUGUGGCUCUGCAAAAGGAAGUUGAAAUAUUGCGUCAACGCAAUAGAGAUUUACAGUUUCAACUAGUUUUUUCAAAUUCUCCAACCAAUGCCCCAGCCAGUCCUUCCUCACCCGAAGAUAGCGGGAAUGCGGUAUUUUUGAAAUCCAAGGGUAGUCCAGUCAGCGUCAAUGUUGCCUCACUGCAAGUUGAACUCUUGGAACGUGAUCUUCAGGAUCUCAAGGUAUCUUUACAGGAAGCAAAGUCACAAAACCAUUAUUUGGUUGGAAUAAUUGAUCAACAAAGGAAAAAAUUGGAUACAUUGGAGUGUCGAUCAGAAAAGCCCUGCAACACAGAAGUCGGCAUUCAAGUAGGAAGUGACAUACAAGCUGGUCAAGCAGAUUUCAGCACACGUCUGGAAGAUGCUGAAGCCAUGGUUCUUUGCCUGCGUCGUGAAAAUGAAGAUCAACGCAGAGAGAUAUCUGCCAUGAAGUCCACGGCCAAUAAAGGAAAUGGAAACAAUACAAGUGGAAGACCACAUGGAAAUCACGGCCAUCGAAGUCGAGGACAAGGCCAUGGUGGUGGUGGACAGGAACAAAAUUCUCAUAGAUUUCCUCCUCUGCACAACCAUAGUUACUGGCAUCAUGGUUUUGGGAGAGAUGACAGCUUUGACCACUACUCCGAAUAUCGAGGACGUGCUCGUCAUGACAAACAAGGGCACGACUCUGGUAAUGGAGGAGAUCAAGGGGCUAUCAUAAUGAUAGUAGUUAUUAUGGCGAUGGAUACCGCAAACACCGUGGUCAACGAUCGCAAAGAGAUUGCAAAGACCGGGAGUCCAGAGAACCCAGAGAAUCGAGGGAGCAGCAUCGAGAUCUAAGAGAACAAAAAGAAUAUAAGGACACCUCACGAGGGCAGAAAGAUCCCAAGACUUCGAAAGAAAAGUAAGUGGAACAGUUGUAAUGAUUGACAAACAAUUCAUUGCUUUACCAUAAUAAUAAUCCAACAAAGUACAUUGGGUAUCUAUGCAUCUUUCAUCUACCCAAUUGAAAAAGUGAAUGCGUUCGGAAUUAUUAUACAAAAUAACUUGAACACAGAUAUUGAGCCACCAUAUUUUCCAUGUGUAUAUUCAACUGUAGUUAGUUGUUCACAUCAUCGGAGGCUUGGUAUGUCGUGCACAUGUCGUAAAGCUUAAAGAAUAUCCUCAAUGGUUCAGUUACUUUGAAAGAAACUACAUUGUCGUUAGUGAUGAUCCGUGCUCUUCCUGUGUUUCUGGAUUCUGGAGAAGUUAAAUUGAGAGUAACAAGAUGCAUUUAUUGCUAUUGUACUUCAGCUGGUUAUUGACCAACGUAUUUUAGAAAUAAUAAUAUGUUUAUAGAGCGAUGUAUCUGAAAGUUGAUAAACUUCUGUCCACAAAAGAAUCUUCGAUUCCUUUACGCGCAAGUCAAAUCUUUUGCUCCGUCGCAAAUAGGAGUGUGUCCCAAAAAAACAGAAUGUAUCUUGAAAUCAGGUUCUGAAUAUGGUAAGGUCACAUAAAAGAUUCAUGGAGGCAGAAAAAAAUAUUACGCUGAACUAAUUAUGAAGAAAAAUGGGACACAAUAUGUCGACUUUUAAAUUUAAAAAGCCGAAACAGGUGCCAAAAAAAUUCCUGACUGCAUGAUAUAUUUGAUGUAGUUCUCGUCAUUAAAAUGCGCGCCCGUUCUUUUUAAUGUACCUGGCGCAAGACUCUACCGAGUUUCUUGAUUUUCAUACAUUUCUCACAUUCAACUAAUCGUUUUUACAGGUCAGUCGUUACUGUUAUUUUAAAAUGAAAAGAGCUAAUCAAGAUUUCAGUUCUACAACUAUAAUCAGACAUGUUUUUGCAUCUCAUGCCUUAUAAAAUUAUGAAAAAUCUAGUUGUUUGAGGUUCCAAAUACUUUGCUCUUGUUAGAUGAUGUUUCAAAGGAAACUGAUCGCGGAUGUGCUUUAUACAUAUAGAUAUAAUAUUCAUCUUUCAACUAUAUUGACGCUCAUUUUUAAUCACAUAGGUAAAUAUGCAUAAUAUACAUGCGUACAUAUAUUAUUAUGUAUAAAUAUAUAUUAUAUAUAAAAAAAAUAUUAUUUUUAAAUCAUAAUUUCAAUUUGAAAUGGAUAAUUCCACGUAAUAAACAUUUGCAAACUUGAUAUAAUACUAUAUUAUAAACCGUUGUGAUCAAUCCGGAUCUACCUACAUGUAUGCAAAUGAAUAAUCAUUGCAAUGUUUGAAAAAAAACAAUCAUAACUUUGCAACCAUUAGAGUUGUAACUAUGCUUUGAUGUCGAAUUAAUAAUUCAUAAACACUUUAUUAUUACGGUAUUAAGAGUGCUUGUUGUAUACAUAUAGAACAGUCAUUGAAAUAUAAGAAUAUACAUAUUGUACUGCGCUAUACGGUUAUACGGAUGAGAAUAUGAAGCAUAAAACUUUGCGCACAAUUAUUGGAAUGCAAUGUGAUUUUUUCAACGAUCAUCAUUAUUUGCUAUCUUUGUAACCAGACUGUACUCAAAUAUUGAAUUUUCGCCUAAAAAUAUUAUUUGUUAUCAAAUAUGUAUUUGCAUUUUCAGUUAGAACCAAACUUACAUUUGAUGAUUAUUUAUAAGUAUUGGCGCAAAACAAGCUAAAGGGUUUGAUCAACAGAUGAGUUUAGUAUUAUGAAUAUUUGCCAGACCAGAAAAAUGUUUGUUACACCUACCUUGAGAAAAUAAAUAUUAUAUUCAAA